UUAGCCAGCGCUCCCCAAAACAAACCACCUUAGCCUGUCUUUGUCUUUCUCCCCUUGUACAACCGUCACUGCAUUUUGCUUUGAAUUGAAAGCAAAUUAAGAAAAUGGCAGCAAGAGAGCCUUUUAACGUCACAGCGAAGACACCUUCAGGAGUCACUACUCCACACUCACCCUGGCAUUCACCGGUUCCCUACUUAUUUGGUGGCUUGGCAGCCAUGCUUGGUCUCAUAGCGUUUGCGCUUCUCAUCCUCGCCUGUUCUUAUUGGAAACUGUCAGGCUACCUUGAGAACGGUGAGGGGGGCCAAGGAGAGAGAGACUUGGAAGCAGGAGAAAGUAAAGGAGACGAGACACAGAAAGGAAGGGCUCCUGUUAUGGAACAAAAGUUUCUUGUGGUAAUGGCUGGAGAAGUAAACCCAACGUUCUUGGCCACGCCCAUUUCUUCUAGCAAGUCUUCUUCUUUUGCUGACAAGAGCGAAAAGAGCUGUUGCAGUGAAAAGGGUGAGAAAUUGGAGGGGGGAGAGAAGCAGGAUAGUGCUGGCGAUGAUCAGGUGCAAAAUAGGAGCACGGGGACUCUGCAAUCCUCAAGUCAGGAGACUCAGGACCAUUGAUUUCUCUUUUUCGUUGCUUUUUUUAUUUUUAGAUUUUCCGGUGGUCUCGUUAGGCGGAUGUUGGGCUUUUCUAGAUGGGUUCGUUUCGUAAAAGAGAGCUCAAGGUUUUGCUUUUGGAGCUUUUUGAGGUGGGGGGUUGUCGGUCUGUAUAUCAGCUUGCAUGUUUGAUCGGUGUGAGCUUGCCUUUUGUAGCAGAUAAAUUUUCCUUUACUCUUACCUUUUCUUCUUUUUCUUUUUCCUUGGGUCUCUUGUUUUCUUUUUUGACAAUUCGGGAAAUGUAAAUUUUUACUGAGAUUGAAUGGAAGGAAGAAUUGACCGUUCUUCACC